UGAUGCGCUUGGCAAAUCUGACGGCCGAGGCUCGGGUGAAGACGCGAGCAGCAAAUGUCUCGAUUUGAAUUAUGCGACCCAUAAAUCGCUCCUAUCACGAAGUCGUUGGCAAAGGCCAGUCGAAGGAUUGAGCUUUUCGCCCUGAUGAUCCUGGGCCGUCAUGCUGCGCCACGUAUCAAACAUUCAUUUCGCAAGGGCAGUUUUGCAAGGCAGCCGACUUCCGUCAACCUUCAGUUAAAUCAGCUACAGUCAACCGUUACUCAACGUCGAAAAAGUUUCAUUCAUCUACUUCGCAAACAAGAUGGUUGUUCCUCAGCUGCCAGAGGAACUCCUACUCCAGAUCUUCUCCUGUAUACCAGUGGUUUCCCGCACGAUUGAUUUCGAGGAACAUCCCGACAAUAAAUGGAUUCUGAAGCUUCUGCGGUCGCUCAGUCUGGCUAGUCGAGCUUUCCAUCGCAUGAUCACACCCUUCCUGUAUGGAACGAUGGUACUCUAUGGUGAUGACGACGAGUUGCGAUACUUUGUGCGCACUCUUCUUGCACGCCGCGAUCUUGCUGGUCUGGUUAAACAAGUUAUCUUCGGAUGUAUUACACCAAGGCGCGAAGUGGAAGACACGCAAAGAUAUGAUCCGAUCUUUGUAGAAAUGCGGGCUUUCCUCAAAGAACACCACGUCGAAGAUGACUUUGGCAGAGACCUCACGUCGGAUUCCAGAUUGGCAAGCGACGAUAUUUGCUUCGUCAUCAUCUUUCAACUUUGCCCGCGAAUCAAUGGUCUCGACAUCAAUCUCUAUAAUGUUGCCCAAAAUGCGUUCUGGAUGAUUUUGCAAAAGCGCCUCGAGAUUCAGCCAUCGACCGUUCUCUCAACCUCGAGCAUCCUUGACACAUACCUCCCCUGCCUGGAAUCCGUGUCUGUUCACCUGUACGAGAUGCACGAAAUGUUUGGUAGUCAAGUUGACAUGAUGUCCGACAUGGGCGUCUUCCUGCUGAUGCCCACUCUGAAGAAGCUAACGUGCGACUACCUUACCUUCUUCACUCGGUAUAAUUCACGGACCCGCUAUUAUCAGGAAGCCGAGGAAAUGUCAGGUUGGCUAGCAAGACACUCCCACAGGCAAUCCAAUCUGCGCGAGCUCCAUCUACUAAAUUGUUCUUCUACGGCGGACCUCAUGCUCAAAUUUAUAGAUCUAAUGCCACAUCUGCAGGUCCUACAUUUGGCGUUCACCGAGCCAUAUGUCAUUGCAAGCUACAAGCAAAUGAGCGAGUUCCUGCGAAAAGUAACGAUCCCUUUACGAGAGUUGCGCUUCGAUGUCGUUUCGCCCGGACCAUCCAUUUUUUAUGAGACCAUGGACGAUCCUCCAGAGUUGAUUGAAGACGUCAACGCCGCAAUAGAAGCAAUAGAUUAUAUGGAGCAUACCAACCGAGACAAGGAAUGGACUAGCUUGGCAAACAUGACCUCGCUCGAAAUCAUUGGCGUUCCAUGUGAAGCAGUAUGCGACAAUCUUGUUAAUCAGCCUCACCCCAAGGAGCCUAAUAGCUUUCUGUCGCAAACUCUCCCUUUUGAAAACUUGCACACACUUGAGCUCCGAGAGUACAGAAAAUGCUCUUCGCCCGAAGUAGUUCGCACGGCUUUGUGGAAUCUCAUGUACGAUUCUCGUUUUCACAAGCUGCGUCGCGUUGAACUCACCGCCACUCGUGCUUUGAAUCAGACACGGGAUGCGUACGUAGAACCCGAGCCGCUGCCUGACUAUCCUCGAGAAGCACUCCACCCGGGCUGGAAGGCGACGAGGUCGAUCUUCUGGGAUACGUAUCAGUGUCGAGAUGCGAUUGUUCUCAUCCGCAAAGGUCCUGAUGACGAGAUCUGCAGUUCUCGGAGCAUGCCGGAGAAAGCCUCGCAAUUCAGAUCGCGCAUACCGCGACGCGUCCCAGCGCCGUCGACAACGUCGAGCGUUACUGAUCAAAAUGCUGAAAGUAAUUCUUCGUAAAAAUCAUUAGUACAGCACUUCUAAAUCAAUCCUCAAGAGCUCAUGUAAUCUAUCAUUUCUAUGGUGAAUGAGAGGGAUAUUCCAAGAUUGUGUUGUUUUACGACAGGUCACUUUUACAGCUGAGGGUCUCGACAGAUAUGAUUCCACGUACCUUCGAGAAAUGAUUCCGCCCGGCUGGACUGCUACAGUGAUCGACAAGAGUAUACACAAAUACGAAGCUUUAACCACCGUGGCGCGAACGGGCACUUGAGAAACAGACGAGCACUAUCGCAACUCAAAACCACUCAUAGCUUCUCCCGCCCAUCGACAUUGAACAAACAACUUCCGCUACCAGGCUUGGAGACCACAAUCGCCUCCUUGAGCUUGUCCUGGGUGAUGUCCGGAAACUUCUUCUUGUAAUACUCAAAGAUCCAUUUCUGCUUGACAUUCUCCACCUUGUCCUCUGGCACUAGAUGCACAGAG